ACGACCCCUCCAAACAAAAUAAACCUUUUGAGCCCACCGAAUAUUUCUGGCGAGUGAGUCUUCGGCGAAAGGUGUAGAUCCUUUCAAUUGCAGUAUUUCAACUGAGCCUUUUCUACAAUCUCUGACAAAAUCAAUCGCAAUCAUGGCUGGAUCAAAAAAAGUGCUCAUGUUGGGAGCUGGGUUUGUGACCCGACCCACUCUUGAUAUUCUCAGUGAUGCAGGAAUUGAGGUAUCAGUCGCAUGCAGAACUCUCGAAUCUGCGAAGAAGCUGUCUGCUGAUGUUAUUAAUGCCUUCCCAAUCUCCCUCGAUGUUACGGACGAAAAAGCUCUCGAUGCUGAAAUUGCUAAGAACGAUUUGGUGAUCAGCUUGAUCCCAUACACAUUCCAUGCCACCGUUAUCAAGUCUGCGAUCAGAAACAAGAAGAAUGUCGUCACAACCAGUUACGUUUCACCUGCAAUGCUUGAGCUGGACGCGGAUGCCAAGAAGGCUGGCAUUACGGUUAUGAACGAGAUUGGAUUAGAUCCUGGAAUCGACCACUUGUACGCUAUCAAAACAAUUGAGGAGGUUCACAAAGCUGGUGGGAAGAUUACUUCGUUCUUGUCAUACUGUGGUGGUCUGCCAGCUCCUGAGGAUUCGGACAAUCCACUCGGCUACAAAUUUUCAUGGUCGUCUCGUGGUGUCUUAUUGGCGUUGAGAAAUGCUGCCAAGUACUACAAGGAUGGCAAGAUUGUCGAAGUCGAGGGUAAGGAUUUGAUGGGCGAAGCAAAGCCAUACUUCAUCUAUCCUGGUUACGCAUUCGUUGCCUACCCCAACAGAGAUUCUACUCCGUACAAGGAGCGAUACAACAUCCCAGAGGCACAGACGAUCAUCAGAGGAACUUUGAGAUAUCAAGGUUUCCCAGAGUUCAUCCGUGUCUUGGUUGAUAUGGGAUUUUUGAGCGACGAUGCACAAGACUACCUGAAGGAGCCAAUUUCCUGGAAGGAAGCCACUCAAAAGAUCCUCACUGCUACUUCGGCCAAGGAAGAAGACCUGAAAUGGGCUAUUGCAUCCAAGGCCAAGUUCCAGAGCACAGAGGAGAAGGAGCGCAUCAUUGCCGGACUGCGAUGGGUUGGAAUCUUCUCUGACGAGAAAAUCAUCCCAAGAGGUAACCCAUUAGAUACCCUGUGUGCCACGCUCGAAAAUAAGAUGCAGUUCGAGGAAGGAGAGCGAGAUCUGGUCAUGCUGCAGCACAAGUUCGAGAUUGAGAACAAGGACGGUAGCAAGGAGACCAGAACAUCGACUUUGGUUGAGUAUGGUGACCCGAAAGGCUACUCUGCGAUGGCCAAGUUGGUCGGUGUUCCAUGCGGUGUUGCUGUUAAGCAAGUCCUUGAUGGCACGAUUUCGGAGAAGGGCAUUCUCGCACCUAUGUCUUCGAAGAUUAACGACCCAAUUAUGAAGGAGCUCAAGGAGAAGUAUGGCAUCUUCUUGGUUGAGAAGACCGUUUCAUAGAGAUGUCUUGCCAUGGAAAAAGUACCCAUGAGAUGAAACAAAAAUAGAUCGUUGUUUUCAGUUCUUUGCUUGUACUGAUGAAAGUUUGUGAAUG